AUGAAAAUUUUCACAGACAUGCAGAAGGAAAUUCAACGAGACAUGGCUGAACAGCGCCGCCAGGACGCUGAGAUACAGAAAGAAAUGUUCUUGGAGAUGCAACGACGCAACGAGGAGAUUCAACGAGACAUGGCUGAACAGCGCCGCCAGGACGCAGAACAACGACGCCAGGAUGCGGAGGAACGACAGCGCCAGCUGACAGCGCAGAACGAAGAAUUUCAACGCCAAGUGGCAGACCUACGUGCUGGUUGCAACCCAGGCCAGCCACAAACGCCGCUGCUGGUGCGGGAUGAAGGGCGACACCGACGCUUCCCCACCUACAAAGACGGCGACGACUUUGAGAGUUUCUUGGAGAGUUUUCAGCGGGUGUGCAGGACCCACGGUAUUCAAGAAGACCAAUACAUGAAUGAGCUUCGCCCACAGCUGUCAGGAAUGCUUCGGGACAUCGACGCCAGCAUGGCACCGGAGGAUGAGCAGAAUUUCCACCUCUUUGUGGAGNGGGCUCGACAACGCCUUGGUCUCACCCCGGAAGCGGCGCGGAGACGCUUCAGACGAACGGACAGGAAACCGAACUCAUCUGACUUCGACCUGGCUUAUGCAGUUCAACGGAAAAGGGAGCUUUGGUUUCAAGUAGCUAAGGCAACCACACUGGAGGCAGCCUGCUUCCUCAUUGACUUGGAGCAGUUCCUUGCGCAUUAUCCCCCGGAGGUGGUCCAAUAUGUGCUGGACAAGAAUCCUAGUGACAUGCAAAAGGCAGCAGAGGCGGCAUGCCGGUACCGGGAGUUUAGAGGAGACCUGCCUGCAUUGCCCAAUGCAGGCCAUCCCAAGAAACCCCAGCCUACUCAUCACUUCCCUCGCAAGGACAACUCCCAAGUUCAGCAGCCUAAAGCUGCUGCACCCAAUCCACCUCAACAGCCUCGCCAACCUCAACCCUCGCAACCACAAGCGUCGCAACAUCCCUCAUCGUCUUCACAAG